GAAGAAAACCCUACAUUAGGGUUCUUGGUGGUGUGGUUAGCUCGCGAUGGAUGCCACGGGCCGGCCGGCGGUCGUGAUCGACAAUGGCACCGGCUACUCCAAGAUUGGAUUCGCAGGGAAUGUGGAGCCGUCCUUCAUAAUCCCCACGGUCGUGGCGAUCAACGAGUCCUGCCUCGCCGCUUCCUCUCCUGCCGCGCUCUCUCCACAGGGCAAGGGCGGAUGGCUCGCGCGCCACAAUGCUGGUGUCAUGGCCGAUCUCGACUUCUUCAUCGGCGACGAAGCUCUGGCGCGGACUCACGGGCCUGCGUACACGCUCACGUAUCCGAUCCGUCACGGCCAGGUGGACAACUGGGACGCCAUGGAGAGGUUUUGGCAGCAGUGUAUCUUCAACUACCUGCGGUGUGAUCCCGAGGAUCACUACUUCCUCUUGACGGAGAGCCCUCUCACGGCGCCAGAGAAUCGAGAGUACACUGCCGAGAUCAUGUUUGAGACUUUCAAUGUUUCGGGCCUCUACAUUGCUGUGCAAGCUGUUCUAGCUCUCGCUGCUGGCUACACAACUUCCAAGUGUGAGAUGACCGGGGUUGUGGUCGAUGCCGGCGAUGGAGUCACGCAUGUCGUGCCUGUUGCCGAGGGAUACGUGAUGGGCAGCAGCAUCAAAUCCAUCCCAGUAGCCGGUCGAGACAUCACGUCCUUUGUGCAGCAGCUCAUGCGAGAGCGAGGCGAGCCUGUUCCUCCCGAAGACUCGUUUGAUGUUGCCAGGAGAGUGAAGGAAUCUUACGGGUACACAUGUGCUGACAUUGUCAAGGAGUUUAAUAAGCACGACAGGGAGCCGUCCAAGUACAUGAAGCAAUGGACUGGCACGAAUUCAAAGACCGGGCAAGCUUACAGUUGCGAUAUUGGUUACGAGCGUUUUCUCGCUGCUGAGUCAUUCUUUGCUCCUGAAAUAUGCAGUAGCGACUUUUCCACUCCUCUCCCUGAGGUUGUUGACAAGUGCAUUCAGUCCGCCCCGAUUGACACCCGCCGAGCGCUUUACAAAAACAUUGUUCUCUCGGGAGGUUCCACGCUUUUCAAAGACUUCCAACGGAGACUUCAGCGUGAUAUCAAGAAAAUUGUCGACUCCCGAACCACGGCAACCGCAGCAAAAUACGGUGGGGAUGUCAAGCCUGUAGAAGUGAACGUGGUUGGCCAUCCAAUGCAGCGAUUCGCCGUCUGGUUUGGCGGUUCGGUCUUAGCUUCGGCUUCAGAGUUCUACACGGCAUGCCACACAAAAGCGGAGUAUGAAGAGUAUGGACCCACUAUAUGCCGCACCAAUCCGGUGUUCAAGGGAAUGUUUUAAAGGCAGACAAGGAUGGAAGCUCUGAUGGAGGUGAUGACGCCAGAUCAAUUCAUGGAGAUGAAAUUUACUGAAAAGAUGGAUGGAGUGGAAGGCUGGCAGGGAGAUGGUGGGUGAUGCCAGAACUGUGACGAGUUGCCAACGAAGACAUGGGUGCGAUGGAGAGCGAGCAAAGGUUUCCUUGAAGCUGCUAGCAGGUCCCGGCUCCGAGCAUGGCUUCCUCGGUGAAAUCGAAGAGAGGUUUCGGCGGAGCAAGUGCUAGCCAGACGGGCUAGAGUUUCGUCAAGGCGCGUUUCAUCUCUUCGAAGGGAGCGUUUACGCCAUGGGUGUGAGGAAAGUGGAUCAAUCCGAGGUGACUUUGGAGUUGCUAAGCUGUGCGCAGGGAUCCCAAAGUUGGCAAAGGGUUUGGAAAGGUGGCAAGUUUUUCUACAUGUAGGAGAAGAAGUGGCACUUUGGUCGAACGUUUUGGAUUUUGUAUCGUCUCCCUUUGGCCCGUUUGAAACAGUCCUGGAUGAAAGUCGGAUGACAAGAAUUUUAUAUUCUGAGA